UUUUGGUGAGGAUUUGUGUGGAGGAUGCGAUACUUCGUUGGGGUUACGCACGGUCCCUCAAACUAGCUUUUUUAUAGACUAGUUCGUGAUCAGAUGUCGUAAACUGGUCCCACCGAAGCUGCGGUACGCCGAGGUUUUGCCAUCACGACUAGUAGCCGUUCCUACAACAACAAAGAGCCUACAUGGACGCCGCUCUUCGUCACUCAAGAUAUGCUUCUCACGACACCCCAAGGACGCCAUUAUCAUGGCCGCGAGGACGACAAAACAUCGUUCUGUAAUUGAUCAGUGGCUUGAGACGUGUUUCCUUGAGCAGCCAGGAGCACUUAGCGCCGCAUCGCCACAACCGCAAUUGUUCACACCACCGACCUCGACUUCAUCAGCCCGACGAAAACGACCGCGAGACAUGUCCGAGCCCCGGCCUCGAAGCUCUCAAAAGCGACAGCGGACGAGGCGUGAGGACGAUGUGUUUUCUGAACAGAGCGCAUCCGACGUUGCAAUUACGGAGCUAUCGGAAAAGACAAGGUUGUCUCAACCGUCAUUCUCCGGUAGAUCAGGCCCCAAACGAGCAACAAGCCCUGUACGGGACCUCAUGAACGAUUUGCGUGUCUCAAAGCCUGCUAUUUUAUGCGAAAUACCGUCUACGGUAUCGCUGCCCCAACACGCUUCAACGCUGCAGCGUGGUCUUAUGGAGCGCCUCGACGAGGCUAUCAUACCACUAGGCUUAAAGGUAACGAUGUCCCAUUAGAUCUGAGAUGCGAGCUGGCUGACUAGGCGUUUGCCACAGGAUCGCAUCCUCACGACAUAUCCUUCUGUUGCAGCGAGCAUCCCGACCUCUUCAUAUGACGCCUCAGAUACUCUAUCGGCGCUGGAGCUUGACGCAGUAUGGGAGUGCAUUGAGGAGAUCCUGAG